AUGGAACUGAUUUACUAUUCGGUUCAGAGCCAAGAGGCAAACUACGAGUUUUUGCUCGACUUGCAGAAUUUUGCUAUCAGCAUAAUGAAAGAAGGAGCCGGCGCGAAUCUAGUCUACCAUGCAAUCAAGACGAAGGUGGCUGCAGACCGUCCCGAACUUGAGUCUCAUCUUCCAAAGAGUUUUGGAUCCGGUCUGGGGGUAGAGUUUGGGGACCCAUUCUUGAGUUUGAAACCAAAAUGCACUCGAGUCUUGAAAACGAAGAUGAUAUUCUCGUUAUCGCUAUCCUUUACGAAGCUGAAAGAUCCGAUGGAAAACGAUAAGACGUACUCGCUCCAGCUUACAGACACCGUGUUGGUAGGGCAAGAAGGAUCGAUGGUCUUGUCGGAUCUCCCAACAGAACUCUCGCAGAUUACUUUCUUUCGUCAUCAUCCAGCACCCAGAGAUCUCCCGCAGGAACAAGAUGGACACAGCCCAGCUCGAAGCUUCGGUCAAGGUGAUGCAGAUAAUGAUGGGAGUAUUGCUGGGGAGACGAUUAUUCCUGAAGGGGCACGGUCGAAAAGGCCGAGGAGCUUUCCCGAAGAGGCAGAUGACGCGACUAAACGCCAGAAAGUCGCUUCCUCUUCAUCUCCGCCAAACCAUUGUGAUGUCAAUUUCCGCUCAACAUCCCCGGAGAAAAGAGCUCAUGAGGAAGAAGAAGAUGGAGACGACCGGUGGCCAAUCUUCAAACAGAUGGGUCGUUUUUUAAACAGGUUAAUGCAUGUUUGACGUCACUAGAAGCACAAGUACACACAGAUAAGGAAAUCUUGCGAGCAAGAUUCCAAGGGUCCAUAAAACUCAAGUCAAAUUUUGCUUGGGAGUAAAUAAAAAUGAAAAUUCC